AAAACAAAUAUUGAGUAUUGACGCCGUGAUCUAAUUCGUAAAACCCUAGGCCUCACACCAUCUUCUUCCCAAAACCCUUCCAGUGAAGAUCGUCAUCCGAUUCUCUCUUCUUCUCUGGCGUAGCGGUUAGCUCUCUCUCUCUCUCGGAAGAUCUACAAUGGGGAGUAGCCAACAAUUGGUUUCGUUUUUGACUGCCAUGGCGAAGACCGCCUUCGGUCUCGGAACCGCCGCGGCUGCUGUCAACUCCGCGCUCUACACCGUCGAGGGAGGCCAGCGUGUGGUUAUCUUCGACCGUUUCACCGGAGUUGUCCCCACCGUCGUCGGCGAAGGUACUCACAUUCGGAUCCCGUGGAUCCAGACUCCUCACUACUUCGACAUCCGAGUCAAGCCUCACACCUUCACUUCCGUCUCUGGUACGAAGGAUUUGCAGAUGGUGAAUCUCACCCUCCGUGUCCUCUCUCGCCCGGAGAUGACGCGUCUGCCCUACAUCUUUCAACAUCUUGGAGUGGAGUAUGAUGAGAAGGUGCUCCCUUCGAUUGGUAAUGAGGUGCUGAAGGCAGUGGUUGCUCAAUUCAAUGCUGAUCAGCUGCUCACCGAACGUCCUCAAGUUUCCAUGCUCGUUCGGGAAGCUCUUAUCAACCGUGCUAGAGACUUCAACAUUAUGCUCGAAGAUGUGGCGAUCACCCACCUGUCUUAUGGUGUGGAGUUCUCGAGGGCCGUCGAGCAGAAGCAGGUGGCUCAGCAGGAGGCCGAGAGGUCCAAGUUUGUGGUGAUGAAGGCUGACCAAGAGAGGAGGGCUGCUGUUAUCAGGGCGGAAGGUGAAAGUGAGGCUGCCAAGCUUAUCUCCGAUGCAACUACCAAGGCUGGCAUGGGGCUUAUUGAGCUCAGGAGGAUUGAGGCUGCUAGGGAGAUUGCUGCAACUCUUGCUAGGUCGCCGAAUGUUUCUUACCUUCCUUCUGGGGGCAAUAUGCUGCUUGGAUUGGGUGCUGGCCGCUGAAAGAGCGGUUCUUAAUUGUAUACACCGAUACAACAAUGCAGAAGUUUACCUAUGCUCUUCAUGAAACAGUUGAUUAUGAACGGCAGUUACUCCAUUUGCAUAGACUCUUUUGGUUGUGGCUUGAUGAAGUUCCACUGUCCUUGUUCUGACUCCUGUUUGUUGUUCUUGUAGGAUCAGGCGGGGUUAGUGAGAGAGGCAUGAAGGAAGUUGUGAAUGGCUUUGGUUGGAGUAAUACUUUCUUGCCUUUGCGUUUCUGGGGAUCUUAUCAUAAUUGAACACUUUUAGGAAUAUGAAGGAUCUUUGAAAGUUAGGAAGUUGGUGUAAUGUUGAACUCGGAAGAAUCUGCCUAUUUUGUUCAUCGUCUGGUGGAUGUUUCUGCUAGUAAAUGACUCAGUAUGCGGUUUUAAUUACAAACUUGAAAUGUGAUUAACAUUGUUCCCUUGGUUAAGCAUAAAUUGAGAAGGUGGUGAAAGUCAUCUGCUUUCUUGCACCACUUGGUCUGAUCUUGUUCCGUGUUUUGAUUUCACCAAAUCGAUAGCCUGUCCUGUGGCCUUGUCAGAAGGGUUAGGGGUCUUGAUUGUUCGGAUGUGAUGUGUUCA